CCGGUUCCAGGAUUGGUCGCGCAGGCGCAGGGAAGGAUCCGUUUUGGCGGGCGGUUGGCGUUGCGCAGAAGGUGGCGGCAGCAGUGGCUUGUGGUCCGGCUUCACCACAGACGAACAGGGAAGACGUUUGCGUGAGUGAUCGGUCUCUAUCCCGGGAACCCGGUGGCCUUAGUCUUCAGGUGGAACAGCGUGCGACAUGGGAAAGAAAACCAAGCGGACAGCUGACAGUUCUUCUUCAGAGGAUGAGGAGGAGUAUGUUGUGGAGAAGGUGCUAGACAGGCGCGUGGUUAAGGGGCAAGUGGAAUACCUACUGAAGUGGAAAGGUUUUUCUGAGGAGCACAAUACUUGGGAACCUGAGAAAAAUUUGGAUUGCCCUGAGCUAAUUUCUGAGUUUAUGAAAAAGUAUAAGAAGAUGAAGGAGGGUGAAAAUAACAAACCCAGAGAGAAGUCAGAAAGUAACAAGAGGAAAUCCAAUUUCUCAAACAGUGCUGAUGAUAUCAAAUCUAAAAAAAAGAGAGAGCAGAGCAAUGAUAUCGCUCGAGGCUUUGAGAGAGGACUGGAACCAGAAAAGAUCAUUGGGGCAACAGAUUCCUGUGGUGAUUUAAUGUUCCUAAUGAAAUGGAAAGACACAGAUGAAGCCGACCUGGUUCUUGCAAAAGAAGCUAACGUCAAAUGUCCACAGAUUGUGAUAGCCUUUUAUGAAGAGAGACUGACAUGGCAUGCAUAUCCUGAGGACGCGGAAAACAAAGAGAAAGAAACAGCAAAGAGCUAAAGGAGGGGGUGGUCUCUGUCAUUUCUCUUUGUACAUAAUACAUUGACCUCCCAACCUCCUCUCCCUUCAACCCACCCCCUUCUAUCCUAAACACAUCCAUAAAAAAUGUGCUUAUCACUGUGCUCCACA